CCCGACAGACAAUUUUCUAUUCCCAGUGGAAGUCGGUUCACCAGCCUUUCCCCUCGUCGUGCAAAACAACAGUCAGCAAAAUUCUUAUCUCCUCUCUCUCUCACUGAACAUAAAAGUAAAACCACCGCUAGGAAAAACCCGUGGCAAGAAUUAUUGCAAUUUGCAAAGGAAUUUAAAACCUCGGACUUCUUUGAGACGCCAUGGCUGAUCCAAGCUCUUCUGCCCAAACCACCGACUCUUAUGUUUUUUGGAUGAAGAAGAAUUUUGGGUUCUUGGAAUCCAGGAAAAGUAGCAAAAGAGACUAUUCUACUGCGAUUUUAGAACGAAAAAAGUCCCCUAAUCGCCUUAUUGUCGAUGAGGCAAUUAAUGAUGACAACUCGGUGGUCUCGAUGCAUCCUGUUAAAAUGGAAGAACUUCAGCUCUUUCGAGGGGAUACCAUCUUGAUCCGGGGGAAAAAAUGCAAGGACACGGUUUGCAUUGUUCUCGCCGAUGAGCAAUGUGAAGAGCAGAAAAUACGAAUGAACAAAGUCGUACGAUCAAACCUGAGAGUACGUCUUACUGAUAUGAUAUCUGUGCACCAGUGUCCUGAUGUCAAGUAUGGAAAACGUGUUCACAUUCUUCCCAUUGACGACUCGGUUGAGGGCCUCACCGGCAAUCUCUUCGAUGCCUACUUAAAGCCCUAUUUCUUGGACGCUUAUCGUCCUGUGAGAAAGGGCGACCUUUUUCAGGUUAGAGGUGGCAUGCGAAGUGUUGAAUUCAAGGUCGUUGAGACCGAUCCCGGUGAGUACUGUGUUGUUGCGCCUGAUACAGAGAUAUUCUGUGAGGGUGAACCAAUUAAGCGUGAGGAUGAGGAGAGAUUGAACGAAGUUGGUUAUGAUGACGUUGGUGGUGUAAGAAAGCAAAUGGCUCAGAUACGUGAGUUAGUAGAACUUCCUUUGAGACAUCCUCAGCUUUUCAAAUCAAUUGGUGUGAAGCCGCCUAAAGGGAUCUUACUCUACGGGCCUCCAGGAUCGGGGAAAACGUUAAUUGCAAGAGCUGUAGCUAAUGAGACGGGUGCGUUUUUCUUUCUGAUUAAUGGACCUGAAAUAAUGUCAAAGUUAGCUGGUGAGAGUGAGAGUAAUUUGAGGAAGGCAUUUGAGGAGGCUGAGAAAAAUGCUCCGUCCAUCAUCUUCAUUGACGAGUUAGAUUCUAUUGCUCCAAAGAGGGAGAAAACACAAGGUGAAGUAGAAAGGCGUAUCGUUUCUCAGCUUCUUACUUUAAUGGAUGGUCUCAAGUCCCGGUCUCAUGUCAUUGUUAUGGGGGCCACAAAUAGACCGAAUAGCAUUGAUCCUGCUCUGAGACGAUUUGGGAGAUUCGAUCGAGAAAUUGACAUAGGGGUGCCGGAUGAAAUUGGAAGGCUGGAAGUUCUCCGUAUUCAUACCAAAAACAUGAAACUUUCCGAAGACGUUGAUCUUGAACGAGUUGCCAAAGACACUCACGGGUAUGUUGGUGCUGAUCUUGCUGCCCUUUGCACGGAAGCUGCUCUUCAGUGCAUCAGGGAGAAAAUGGAUGUAAUUGACUUGGAGGAUGAGACAAUUGAUGCCGAAGUAUUGAAUUCUAUGGCUGUGACUAACGAACAUUUCCUAACUGCACUGGGUGCCUCGAACCCAUCAGCCUUACGUGAAACAGUUGUUGAGGUUCCUAAUGUCUCCUGGGACGAUAUUGGUGGGUUGGACAAUGUGAAACGAGAGCUUCAAGAGACUGUGCAGUACCCUGUCGAGCAUCCUGAGAAGUUUGAGAAGUUCGGCAUGUCACCCUCUAAAGGGGUUCUCUUCUAUGGACCUCCUGGUUGCGGCAAAACUCUGCUCGCGAAAGCCAUUGCUAAUGAGUGCCAAGCCAAUUUCAUAAGUGUCAAAGGACCUGAAUUGUUAACGAUGUGGUUCGGAGAGAGCGAAGCAAAUGUUCGGGAGAUAUUCGACAAGGCUCGACAAUCUGCUCCGUGUGUGCUUUUCUUCGAUGAGCUUGAUUCAAUUGCUACUCAGCGAGGAAGUUCGGUUGGAGAUGCUGGUGGUGCUGCAGACAGAGUUCUUAAUCAAUUGCUGACGGAAAUGGACGGAAUGACGGCAAAGAAGACGGUUUUUAUUAUCGGCGCAACAAACCGGCCUGACAUAAUUGAUCCUGCAUUGCUCAGGCCGGGACGUCUCGACCAGUUGAUCUACAUCCCACUUCCAGAUGAAGCUUCUCGUCUUCAGAUCUUUAAAGCGUGUUUGCGGAAGUCCCCUGUAGCUAAGGAAGUCGACCUAGCAGCACUUGCGAGGCACACACACGGGUUCAGCGGUGCUGAUAUUACUGAAAUAUGCCAGCGUGCUUGCAAGUAUGCUAUUCGAGAAAAUAUUGAAAAGGAUAUCGAGAGAGAAAGGAAGAAGAGAGAAAACCCCGAGGCUAUGGAAGAAGACGACGUCGAUGAUGUACCUGAGAUCAAGGCAGCGCACUUUGAGGAGUCGAUGAAAUAUGCUCGGAGGAGUGUGAGCGAUGCCGACAUCAGGAAGUACCAGCUCUUUGCACAGACGCUGCAGCAAUCUCGCGGUUUUGGGUCUGAAUUCCGGUUCCCCGAUCGAGCAAACACUGAAGCUGCUGGGGCCUCAGACCCGUUUUCUUCUGCCGCUGGUGGUGACGGCGGUGACGAUGACUUGUACGGCUGAAGAUACUAUAGGUUAAGACGACGGCUGAAGAUACUAUAGGUUAACGUCUUACUGUCCUCUCCAUGCAUGUUUUCAUGUAAAAUAUGUACCUCACACCGGAGCUUACGUGACAUUAAGAACCACACUUGUAAUAUAAAUAAAGGGUUAGUAACAAUGAUCUCCA